GGAGCGGCGGGGCGGGCGGACGGACGGAGGAAGGUGGGGAGCGCUGCCGCCCUGCGCCCGCUGCCGCAGCCAUGGAGCGGAGGGCGGAGGCGCCGCCGCCGCCGCAGGGCCUCGACUUCACCGUGGAGAACGUGGAGAAGGUGAGCGCGGGGCCGGGGGCGGCGGAUCGGGCGCGGCGCGGUGACGCUGUCACCGAUGUCGGUCUCCCGCCGCGGUGUGGCCGCGGAGGGGCGGUGCGCGCCGUGCCCGCUGCCCGCGGGAGGGAGAUGAUGAGGCAGAAAUGGGAGCGGGAGGCAGGGCUGUGCCGAGCAUCCUCUGGGGCUGGAGCGCGGGUCGGCGGGGGAGAGCUCUCGGAGGGCGCGAGGCGCGGUGGUGCCGUCCGAACCCCGCUCCGUGCGGCCCCGCUGCCGCUGCGGUGCUCCCAAAGAGACCGGGGCCGCUGAGACCGGAGAUGCGGGAGGCGGCGUCGCGCCGCUGCUGGGAACCCGAAUCGGUGUGGGGACCGAGCGGGGCGCCCCGGGAGGGAAAGGCUUCCCGUGAGCGAUGCCGGCGGUGACGGAGGCCGAGAGCGUAGCGGUGAAGGGCGCGCGGUGAGGAGCGCAGCCCCGCGGCUCCCCAGCUUAUGGGCGCCCGGCGUCUCGACCCUCUGCGGGUGCCCGGGCAGCGCGAGGCAAUCCCAGAGCCCUCGUUUUGCCUGGACGGGAACGGAGCUUCGUGCCAAAGCGCUGCACGGCGGUGGGCGCAUGGCAGGGGCCGGCCUCAUCGCCGCUGGCCUGGGGAUGUGGCGCACCGGUGCCGGGUGCCGCGGCUCCCUUUGUGGCCGCAGGUGUGCCGGCCCGCAUCCCCCUGCUAGCAACGCAGAGCUGAGCCGCAAGGAUUAGCCCCUGCGUGCGAAACGCCGCAAUAACGCUACCUUCUGUGGCUUAAUCCGCGUGCGGGCAGAGCUGCGGGAUCGUUUUGCCUCCGACCUCCCUCCGCUUCAGCGGGCACCCGACUACGCCUUUGUCUGCACUGGCACGGGAGGGCGGGCAGCGCCCGGGGGCAGCCAGGCACGGGAGCGGGCAGAUAUGCCCUCUAAGAUGCUGUGCUCCCAUCCCCCUGCCUGAGCCCUCACGGCCGCAGCUUUGCCGUCGCCUUGACAUCUGCAGGAGAUGCAGCUGUUGGCCGUGGGGAUGGAGAGGGAGAAACGCAGGGUGGGAGCAGGAGGAGCCCAGAGGCUGAGCGUCACGGAGCCCUCCCUGUGUCAUUUCAGGUGGGGUAUUCUUGUCCAAAUCCGGCAGAAUUGGGCCCUCGCUGGGGGCCGGGCUGGUGGGAGGGUGGUGGGCAGAGCUGCGUUGUCAGAGUUGGUACUGACAAAUAAAUGAUGUUCCGCCGGCCAGGGCUUCUCUGCCUCUCAGAUUUUGUGCACGGCUCUAUUAAUAACACUGAAUAGUGAUUCAAGUCGGAGGUUUGGCUCGGUGCUGAGUCAGGCGCUGUGAGCAGUGGGGUGGGAGCAGAGCGAGGGGUGGGUGAGCUCCCAUGGCAGAAGUCAGAGCAUCUCCAGGUCUCCGCGCUGCGUGGCAUCCUGCCGUGGACAGAAGGUGACGUGGGCCUGGUGUCACGGCCCCUGUGCCCAGGGAUGGCUCUUGUGGCUGCCCCUGGGAGAUGCUGAGGCUGAUGGGGCUGCAUGUGGGGGUGUUAGGGGCUAAAGGGGAACAUUUCUGUAAAAUUGAAGGAAGAAAGGAGUCAUCUUGUUGGCCGUGAAAGCAGAUCUUCGCUGCAGACAGUAGGUUCCCCCCAGAACCAACCCUGGCUGAACACCUUGCUCCUUCCUGUGCCAUGAUGUUGGGCAGACAGAGGCACAUUGUGCUUUCCAGCGCUCUGAUGUGCUCUGCUGCACCAUCACAGAGCUUCCAGUCAGCAGUGACCUCCAGUGCAGGGGUGGCACAGAAGCUGGAGCCUCUCUUAAGCGCUUCUGAGCUGGUUCCUGGGGCAAUGGGAAGAGCUGAGAGCUGAUGAACAGGGUCCAUCCUCGCAGCUCAACCUGGACUCUGCAUUCAGGGUCUCAUUGCAAGUGCUGGUCAGCCACUGCUCGUGCAACCUCAAGGCCCCACUGCUGCUGGGGUUGGCAGCUGCCCAGGGGUGUUGCACAGAGCAGGGUGAGCUCGGGGCUGCCAUGUCUCUAUCUGGGCUGGGGACCACACGGCUCUCUGCAGGAAGACACCUGCCGCUAAGCAGCAGGAGGGCAGCCCAGACUGCUGUGGGGCUGCAGCGUCACCUCUGCUGCCAGGCUGGGGGUAAAGAGCGGCCUAAGCAGCAGCACAUUUUUUUGGGAGGGAGGAACACACACGGCUUUAUUUCCUAUCUGUUAUCCUCCGUGCUUCAGCAGGCGGCUGCUUUCUGCUCAGGCUCCCCUGCCAUUUUGGGGGGAGGAUGGCGGGUGUGCAGGGGGAGGCGGGCUGACAUUCCCUGCGCUCGGCAGCAGCAGCAGAGUAAUGGCUGUGCUGCUGCAGGCCUGGAGCGAGUGCACGCUUGGCUGGAAAGCAGGGCGAGAGGCUGCAGAGGGAAGCACCAUGGCUGGAGGAGGCUAAGAAAGGAUGCUGCUGCCCUGGGUGCUGGGCACGGAGCAUUCGCAUGGGCUGUUUUCCUUGCCUGGUUACCUCUGCCGGCAGCAAAUCGGCCUCUGGAGAUGCAGUGUCUCUGCUGGGAAGGAGCAGGCAGCACGCUGGGUGCGUGGGGCUCCUGGCACCCUGCGCAUGGUGCUGAUGGCACCUCUGUGCCGGGCACCAGCUCCUCGCAAAUUGGCAGAGCCUUUUUUCUUUUGGCACUCUGAACUCAUGGGGCAGAGUGCUGUGUCUGUGCUCCGCUUGGGCCUGCACUGGUGCUGGGCUCAGAGAAGCUGCUGCAGCUCCUCUUCCUUGCCGGUGCCACGGUGCGAGCUGAUAUCCAUUGUCUGUACUUGGCAGGAGUGAUGCUCAGGCUGCUCCCCACCGUGCAUCCCAGAGGGACCGAGUGGGAGCUGUGAAGCUGUGGGCAAGUUCCUCGGGUGGCCGAUGCCAUUCUAGGAGUUGGAGCCCAACAAAGCUCUGACCACUGCUUUUGAGAGCAGGGAGGGCCCGUAAUGACAAGCUUGAAUUAUUUUCAGCCAGGCAGAGAUGGUGUUGGAGAAAGCUCAUUCCCUGGCCAAAGGGCAGAGCUGACAGCCUGACUGUUUACCAGGUCUCAUGUUACAGGUUUAAUUGCAGAGGAGGCAGGUCUGGUGUCAGCCACGCUUCUAAAUCAGAAUGCACAAAGCCUUCCCAUUAGCUGUCUCUGCCCAAUUUCAUACCUUCUGCUUCUCUCUCCUGGCACUGAGUUCCCUUCGUCAUCUUCAGCGCUUCCUUAUGGGCUUGAGUGCUGGCUGGCACAGUGAUGUCUGGAGUGCAAGUCAAGCAGCAGCUGGUGCCAAAAGCUGCUGCAGAAGGAGGUCUCUGCCUUUUUUUUUUUGCUAGGGAUGAGCAUGCUGCAUGUUCAGAUGCCUCCUGCAGAGCAUGAUUUUAGUGUUAAUUCCCGUCCUCGAGGAUCCUCUGGGGGCUUCCUUGUGCUAUGCAGAGCCCCACAGAACACACAGGGGAGCAUCCUAAGCCAAAGGCCACCCAGAUGAUAACCACCACACCACCUCCUGUCUGCAUCAGGAUGCUCGGGGACAAGAGGAGGAAGUGAGGAAGCCAGCAGAGAUGUUCUUCCAGAAUAUUCUUCUGCCCUCCAGCAGCUUGCAGCAUGACUCUUCACAGUCUGAGUAGUUAACAUGUUGCAUGCUUUGGAAGCCUGGUACUGAAUUGGAGGUCCAUGAGGCAUGGCUGCAGGUUGCACCUCCUAACGUAACGUCUCUGCGAGUCUCAAGCGAGGUUGCUGGGAAGCAAGCUUUGACAAAGCAACCAAGACAAAGGCACUGUGAGGAGGAGAUGGUUGGGAGCUGGAGCCCUGCUGCAGGAUGACUCAGGCUGCAGCGGGGGAGCAGGACGCUGGCUUAUGUGCAGAUAGGGCCCAGGUUCCUGGCCCCAAAAGCAGCUGAACUUUUAGCAUGUCUGCAGCUCCUGCUUGGUAACGAGGCUCUCCACCAGCUGUACUACGACCCCAACAUCGAGAACAAGAACUUGGCUCAGAAAUGGCUGAUGCAGGCGCAGGUGUCCCCGCAGGCCUGGCACUUCAGCUGGCUGCUCCUCAACAUGGACAAGGUGCCCGAGAUCCAGUACUUCGGCGCCAGCGCCCUGCACAUCAAGAUCUCCCGCUACUGGAACGACAUCCCUGCCGACCAGUACGAGAGCCUCAAGUCCCAGCUCUUCACCCACAUCACCCGCUUCGCCGGCGGCUCCAAGAUCGUGCUGACCAGGCUGUGCGUGGCGCUGGCCUCGCUGGCGCUCAGCAUGAUGCCCGAGGCCUGGCCCUGCGCCGUGGCUGACAUGGUGCGCAUGUUCCAGGCCGAGGACUCCAACGUGGACGGGCGGGCGCGCUGCCUGGCGCUGCUGGAGCUGCUGACGGUGCUGCCCGAGGAGUUCCAGACCAGCCGGCUGCCCCAAUACCGCAAGGGCCAGGUGCGCAGCGUCCUGGCGCAGGAGUGCGGCUCCGUCUUCCCCUUGCUGGAGCAGCUGCUGCAGCAGCAGGACUCCCCGGGCUUCAUCAAGCAGAAGGUGUUGAAGUGCUUCUCCAGUUGGGUCCAGCUGGAGAUCCCUCUGAUGGACUGCGAGAACCUGAUCCAAGCAGCUUUCACCUCCCUGCAGGACCCGGAGCUCUUCGACACAGCGGUGGAGGCGGUUGUCAACGCCAUUUCCCAGCCGGAUGCCCAAAGGUACGUGAACACCCUCCUGAAGCUCAUCCCCCCAGUGCUGGGGCUGCAGGAGCAGCUGCGCCAGGCGGUCCAGAGUGGGGACAUGGAGACGUCACACGGCAUCUGCCGCAUCGCUGUGGCCUUGGGGGAGAACCACUCCCGGGCCCUGCUGGACCAGGUGGAGCACUGGCAGAGCUUCUUGGCCCUGGUCAACAUGAUCAUGUUCUGCACGGGCAUCCCUGGGCACUAUCCUGUCAAUGAAACCACCAGUUCCUUGACACUCACCUUCUGGUACACACUACAGGACGACAUCCUCUCCUUUGAGCCGGACAAGCAGGCCGUGUACCAGCAGGUAUACAGACCUGUCUACUUCCAGCUGGUGGAUGUGCUGCUGCACAAAGCCCAGUUCCCCUCCGAUGAGGAGUACGGUUUCUGGUCGUCGGAUGAGAAGGAGCAGUUUCGGAUAUACAGGGUGGACAUCUCCGACACGUUGAUGUACGUUUAUGAGAUGCUGGGCGCUGAGCUCCUGAGCAGCCUCUAUGACAAACUGGGACGUCUCCUGACCAACACGGAGCAGCCAUCCACGUGGCAGCACACGGAGGCCUUACUGUACGGGUUCCAGUCCAUCGCCGAGACCAUUGACGUGAACUACUCUGAUGUGGUGCCAGGGCUGAUCGGCCUCAUCCCCCGGAUCAGCAUCAGCAACGUGCAGCUGGCCGACACGGUCAUGUUCACAAUAGGAGCCCUCUCGGAGUGGCUGGCUGAUCACCCUGUCAUGAUUAACAACGUGCUGCCGCUGGUGCUCCAGGCUCUGGGCAACCCUGAGCUCUCCAUCUCCAGCGUCUCCACCCUGAAGAAGAUCUGUCGGGAGUGCAAGUAUGACCUGCCGCCGUAUGCCGCCAACAUCGUGGCUGUGUCGCAGGAGGUGUUGAUGAAGCAGAUUCACAAGACAAGCCAGUGCAUGUGGCUGAUGCAGGCUCUUGGCUUCCUGCUCUCUGCGCUGCAAGUGGAGGAGAUCCUGAAGAACCUGCACUCCCUCAUCACUCCCUACAUCCAGCAGCUGGAGAAGCUGGCUGAUGAAACACCCAAUCCCUCCAACAAGUUGGCCAUCAUCCACAUUCUGGGGCUGCUCUCCAACCUGUUCACCACCCUGGACAUCAGCCACCAUGACGACGACCACGAAAGCACUGAGGUCAAGAAGCUGCCAGUGCAGCAAGGACCCAACCCAGUGGUGGUUGUUCUGCAGCAAGUCUUUCAGCUCAUACAGAAGGUCCUGAGCAAGUGGCUGAAUGAUGCCCAGGUGGUGGAGUCUGUCUGUGCCAUCUUUGAGAAGUCUGUGAAGACCCUCCUGGAUGACUUUGCUCCCAUGGUGCCCCAGCUGUGCGAGAUGCUGGGGCAGAUGUACAGCACCAUUCCCCAGGCCUCUGCCAUUGACCUGACACGGCAGCUGGUUCACAUCUUUGCUCAUGAGCCUGCCCACUUCCCUCCCAUCAAGGCCCUCUUCUUGCUUGUUACCUCAGUCACGCUGACCCUCUUCCAGCAAGGGCCCAGGGAUCAUCCUGAUAUUGUUGAUUCAUUUAUGCAACUCCUGGCACAGGCUCUGAAAAGGAAGCCAGACCUCUUCCUGUGCAGCAACCUGGAUGUCAAGGCGCUGUUUCAUUGUGGUGUCCUUUCCCUCAAGUUCCCUGAAGCCCCAACAGUGAAAGCAUCCUGUGGCUUCUUUACAGAGCUGCUGCCACGCUGCGGGGAGAUCGCCCCAGUGGGACAGGUGGUGCAUGAGAAUGGCAAAGUGCUGCUGCAGGCGGUACUGGAGGGUGUCGGUGGCCAGGCCUCCCGCAGCCUCAUGGAUCACUUUGCAGAAAUCCUCUUUGCCUUGAACAAGCAUUGCUUCAGCUACCUAAGCAUCUGGAUCAAGGAGGCCAUGCAACAGGAUGGGUUUCCCUCAGCUCGCGUCAGCCCUGAGCAGAAAGAGACCUUCAGCCAGCAGAUCCUUAGCAGAGAGCGUGUGAACAAGCGGCGAGUGAAGGAGAUGGUGAAGGAGUUCACGCUGCUGUGCCGAGGGCUGCAUGGCACAGAGUACACAGCAGACUACUGAGCACCCAACCAGGAAUGCGGACGGUUUGCCUGGACCAGCUCUUCCCCACCAGGAAGCCCCCGUCUUCCCUGCCCUGCUGCUGCAGUACAGCUCGUAGAAUAACCCUCCACCUAGAAUUAACCUACUCGGGACGCUCCUCAGCUAGACUUGGUGGCCGCAUUUCGGUGUCAGCAUCUUUGUUCCCCCAGCAUGCUCCCCCCUCACAGGGGAUGGGAAUGCCGGCUGCAGGAGGUGGGGAGGGGGGGCCCAGGACAGGACUGCCCCAGCACAGACUGCCCUUUGCUGCACUGCAGCCAGGCUGCCCACUCUUCCCCAGCACGGCCCUGCAGAGGGGAGGCUGCGCGGCAGGGACUGGCUGGGCAGGUGGGCUCGCCCCCUGCUCAUUUGUAUGUGUGAGGUUGGGAGGGGGGAGGCCCCACACCUAAUUAUAUUAAGGAUAUUUCUA